AAAGUGUUUGUUGAACGUUUUCAACUUCAACGUACUAGUACGCCCUUGAAGGCUUGAAAGUCCUUUCAAACAUGGCCACUCAAAUGCUGCUGGAUUACCUGCCAAAAUUUGAAGGCCUUUUGCCUACAUGGCAACUCAUAGUCGCAACAAUGGCUGUGUUCAACACCAUUCAGAACUUUGCGACACUAAAGCUGACCCGCAGGCUUUAUACUGGUGUUCCUUCUUCUUCAAUCACAGCACUUCAAGCGCGAACGUUCGCAGCUUGGACAAUAACCUCUGCGGUCAUCCGGGGAUAUGCAGCGUAUAAUAUCAAUAACAAAACCAUUUACGAUAUGGCUCUCCUCUCGUACCUUAUCGCAUUUGGACACUUCACCUCUGAGAUUUGCUUCUUCCGUACAGCUAAAAUCAAUGGCGCUGCCCUAAGCCCUGUGAUUGUCUCCACUACGUCGCUGAUUUGGAUGUUGAAACAGUAUGAAUUUUAUGUCAAACCUUAACCUGACUGGAUGAAUGUAUAUGACGAAUACUGAGGAUAUUGAUACCAUCUAUACCCGUGUUUGAUCACA